AUUAUGACGUCGUCAUUUCGCGACAACUACUAGACUACAUCCCUUACUGUCUAUGCUACACGAUUACAACAACCCAAACAGAAAACUCUUCGCAUGUUCGCGGCUAACGUUACAGUCGAGAAAGAGUACUUUUAAGCACGUUACCUAGAACAACCGAUGACAACCUGGAAACGAUGCUACAGCAGCCAGAAUUGGUCCGACUUCUGACAGAGGGACAUUUGUUAUUAAAAAACUGCGAUGAAGACUGUUUGACAGGAAUCGCACAGGAGCCGAGGCACGGUGUGGACGAGGAGGGAAAUCCGUUCAACUUCACCCCGCAGCUCAUCCACCUGCACAAGGACCACGAGUUCUUUGAGGAUGGGGACAUUCACAGACACAUGUAUCUGCAAGACCUCUACAUCUCAGAGGCUGACGGCAAGCCACCACUCAGCGUGUCAGAGUUUGCCUGUCACAUUUCUGGCUGCAGUGCAGUCUUCAGCACUUUGGAGGAGUAUGAGCACCACUACAACUCCCUUCACAGACAUGUGUGCUGCUCUUGCCGUCGCUCCCUGCCAAGUGCCCGGCUCCUAGACAUUCACAUUCAGGAGUGGCAUGACUCUCUUUUCACUAUCCUUGCCCAGAGGCAAGAUUUGUACCAGUGUUUGGUGGAGGGCUGUGGACAGAAGUUCAGGACUGGUAAACACAGGAAAGACCACCUCAUAAGAAUUCACAAGUAUCCUCCAGACUUCAGAUUUGACAAAACCAAAAAGGACAGAGGAACCCGACAGAUGAAGAGACAGCAGCAGAAAGACACAGCCAUGGAGUUAGUGGACGAUGUAUAUGAGUCUGAGGGUGUGAGUGAGGUUAUGUGUGAUGUGCUGUCCCACCAACUCGAGCAAGGAGAAUCCAUGGAGACGCAUGUGUCUGAGGAAGAAGCUGCUCGCAUGGCAAAGUCAACCUCUACUGAGGAGCACGCAGCUCUUUCUGAGGCAGCUCACAGUACGGGGAGUACAAGCACGGAGCCACUAAAACCACGAUACUCCUACAGGGUCCCCACAACCGUGUGCUUCGGUCACGGCUCUGUCCGAGGCUUCAGAGGUCGGCGGGGAAGGAGGAAAUGAAACACCAGAACUCUGUUGUGAUCAACCGUGCAGCUCAUGGCAAUGUUUAAAUGACAACUGAUAUGGAAGAUUUUGGAGGAGACAAAUAAGACGGAUGUCGGAAUUUACAUAAUAGAUUUUAAUAAUUGUACAAAACAUCUUUUCACCCAUCAGAUAUAAAAUACACUGUUCAUUGAUGACUGAUGUGAGUAUCAGUCAUGUUUAGCAUUUUGAGUGUUUUCAAAAAUAGCUGACUUAUUUACAUUUAGUAAUGCAACUGGACUAUUAAGAGCUCUUUGAACAUAUGUGCAAAGAAGUUGUCCUUUUGAGGUAAUGUAAAAAAAAAUAAUACACUUUUUAUAUUUAUAUAGCUGAUUUCUAUUUUUUAAACUGGGAAAAUUAUUAAGAAGUUAGAAACAGAAAUUGUGUGGUUUAGAUAUUAAAUAGUAAAUUCACCUUAAAAGGUCUCAUGGUUUAUAUUAACAUGAAAAAGGUCACUGGUAUUGCCAAAGGGUAAACCCAUUUUUAAAGAUAAAACUAUAAACUUUUUUGGACAUUUGAUUUCAUUGCAAAGGUGAUAAAAAGGCACUAGUCUAUUUUUGUUAUUGAUUAUGAGCUAUUGUAGAUGGCCAACUAGUUAUAAUUAUGGAUGUACUUAUGGACUGUGUGUUUUUUGUUGUUGAAUUUCCUCUUUAUAGCCUCUGAUUAUAAUUGUAGGUAGGUCUACAAUACAAAAAAUCACACUUGUUUGGUAACUUUUUCCUUUUGUCUUUAUUUAUAUAUAUAUUAGUGGGCAGAAAUAAAUGUGGAAUAAAUGUUUAUGCUCCUUAGUGUUUUCUAUACCCCUAAAUUUGUCCCUCUAAGGUGAGAAAUAUGUAAAGGCCUUUGGAAUGGAAAUAAAACAUUCACAUUCAUGGAAAUCA